CUUUCUCCUCCUCCUUCGCCUCCCCCUGUUUGUUCUGAGACUUUUAUACUAUAAACUGAGAGGUUUUCAAAGACUAGCCACGGGACACAAAAGGAAGUCUUACAGAGAACAAUGAAGCUGCUCAUUCUUCUGUUCCAGCUUGGUCUAAUUUUGAGGGCUGAUGCUCAGAUACCAGACGCUUGUAUUUUAAGUUCUACAAACAGACCUCCAGAGAACUCAGAUGUAUCUGUGACCUGCGGGCCUGAGCACAUAGACCUGAGCAUCUACCUUUGCCCGAUGUACAAUGCUUUUUACAACGAGUCCCUGAUGGUCCUCAAUAAUCAGACAAAUAAUCCUAAAUGUUAUGGGACUGCUGACUUCACUGUUGACCCACCAGUCUUAAGAUUCAGCUUUCCCAUAAAUCAAAAUUCUCUCUCUUUCUGCAGUAAUAAUAUUGAGAUAAGCAGUCAUAUUGGGAGUGGACAGUUUUCGGACUUCUCAUAUGUCCAGUACGUCACCGUCUUUGGCACUGUUACUUCUAUAGACCCCACUGCAGGCAUGAUCACCUACAGGCCUCAGAUCCGGUACAAUUUCUCCUGCAUAUACCCCAUGCAUCUGUUCAACAACACCGAACUGAGUGUAUCUGGUGGGACUUCAAGUAUAAAAUACAACGAUAGUAGAUUGAUCAACAUGCUGAGUAUGCAGCUCUACAAAGACAAACAGUACCAAGAGAUCCUAACUAUCCCAGAAACAGGACUUGAAGUGAAGACAAAGAUUUAUGUUGAAGUGAAAGCCAUCAAUCUAAAAGACAGGUUCAAUGUGCUGCUGGAAAGAUGCUUUGCAACAACAAGUCCAAAUCCAAUGCAAAGCGGCCAUUAUGGCCUGUUUGUGUGGAAUACAUGGGAUGCACAAGCUAUGGUGGAGAUCAAUGGGGUGUCGCAAAAAGCGCUCUUCUCCUUUGAAGCCUUCAGAUUGGUGGACAAUGAGUAUGAGGCAGUUUCCACUUUCUAUUUGCACUGUGUCACCAGACUCUGUGAGAUGUCUAAAUGUCGCUCCUUACUGUCUAAAUGUGGAUCUCUUGAGAGACUGUCCGAGAAGAGAAAGGCCAACAAAUACGUGUCAGAGAGCACUAUAGUAACUUCACCUGCCAUCCACGUGAGAAGCCAGAGGAGGAAAGCCGUGACGCCUGUGUUGAGUGACAUAGAUUUUCCUACAGAUCUGCCAGCUGACUCAGUCUUUGAUGAUUCUCCAUCGUUGAAGUACAACAGGAUCCCUGUAAUGCUCGUAAUUGUGUGCAGUGUCAUCAAAACUGUUUUGUUGUCCAUUUGAAAAACAGUCAUCCCAUUAUAUCCCACAGUCAUGAAGGAAUAUUGAUUAAAAAAAUGUAAUGCUGGAUAAAAGAAAUGUCAGUUUGGUCAGCCAUUAUUUAGGCUCAAUAUUUACUGAAGUUUGAAGAUAAUAGUUCAUAUUUUAUGCAUUGAAAAAAAUAUUUAGUGAAACUGUUUUAGCAGUUGGAUUACAUUGAAUUCAAUCUGUAUGGCCAUUUUGCAUUAUGAAUACAUGUUGCUGUUAACAAAAACAGAGGUUUACAGUCAUACUGGAAUGCCUGCUGAUGUGCAUACUGCUCUGUACACUUCUGUCCUGUAUGUAGGUUUAGAAUAUUAACACGUUUCAACAUUUGCAGGUAAUUUGUCAAAAACAUCAAGAGAAGUUCAAGUUUAUUGACGGUGGAUCCAAAACAAAAGUUAAUCUAUGAACAAAUUAACCUGAUGUUUUAUUCAGCAUGACAAAAUGUAACUUUGUUGCCAAACCACUAAACUUGAGCUGUGCCUCUGAAACACUCCUUUCCAUGUCCUUCCUGGUGACUCUAAAUGAAUAUCUUGACAUCUCAGCCUCCUGUCUUUUUUGCCAGUGCCACCGUCUCCAAAUCAUACAUCAUAUCUGUCCUUCUGCCACAAAUCACUGCUGACGCUCGUCUCCACCCAAUCACCCAGCUUCACCCAGUUCUGCUACUUCCAGCUUCACUGUUACACCUGCUUCCCUCCUAUCCUCUCUCCCUUCAACUGACUUUCAUUCCUCGUUUCUCCAGCGCAUACCUACACCUCUCUUGGGCUUCGCACAUCACAUGAGCCAAUUCUGAACAUUUAAAGCUACUUUUAAAAAUCCCUACUACCACCUCUACGCGCCAACCUUUUCUUCUCUCUCACUGCCUCCAAGCACCCCCCACCCCUCCUCCUUUGGUUUUGUCCAACAGUAGCAUAGAGUUUACACCAAAUACCUUCACCGACACAACUCUCCACAUUUAUCUGAGCCCUGGGACUGGCAGUAAAAGUGCACUGACUUCUUGUUAUCUGUAACGGUUAUACAAAAA